UAAUUUUAAAACGAGGCUCCAGCAGUCGAUGAAUCCAAAAUGGCGGACCACAGACGAAUUUAUGGAUUAUAUUUAUUUAUAUUUGUGUUUUAUUUUUACUCGUGUGCAUAUUGUACUAACACAGAAGGAUUACCCCAAAAAUCACAGAUAGAGACCUUGGUUCAGAAUCUAUCAUUAACAUUGAAAGGACGAUUUACUAAAGUGACUGCGUAUAACUCUGUUUAUGAAGCAUAUAAUGACCCAGACAGUAAAAGCACUCCAAGUCAUAAGUUUGGUCUGAAAUUUGAAAAGGUGAAGCCAGACGUGCUUGUUAAAGAUUUCGCUAAAUCCCUCAGUGACAUGUUCCUUCUUAAAAUGGAAGCUUUAAAUAACUCUGUACAGGCAGCAGAACAAGCAGCAGCAGAUCAUAAAUGGAAAAAUAAUAUAAAGAAAUCUGAAUUGGAAUGUUUAAAAUCGAAGGAGAUAAUGGACAAUGACUCACGUCUUGUUUAUAGCGAAAGAUUCAAACAGAAGAUCAUUCCGAAUAAUUCAAGUGUUCACAUUCCUGUAGAGAUAUAUGAUGGAGAUAUUGAGAUUUUGAAUGGUUUAGAGUGGUCAGCAGCUCUGGACAAGGUUUUUAUAGAGAAUUAUAACAAGGAUCCUGAGAUACUGUGGCAAUACUUUGGCAGUCAGAGUGGAUUCAUGAGAACACUUCCAGCCAGUAGGUGGGAUACCGGAGAUGAAGUCGACUUGUAUGAUGUUCGUAGACGACCGUGGUAUACCCAAGGAUCCAGUUCACCAAAAGACAUGCUCAUAUUGAUAGAUACGAGUGGUAGUGUAUAUGGUCAAGCUCUUGAACUGAUCAAAGUUGCUGUGAAGUCUCUGUUAGAUACACUUGGAGAGAACGACUUUGUUAACAUAGCUCAUUUUAGUAAAGAAGCUCACAAUGUCUCCAAGUGUUUCAAUGGCUCUUUUGUACAAGCAAAUUACAGAAAUAAAAAGAAACUGAUUGAAGAGGUAGAUACGAUCCAAGCUGAGGGAAUGGCAAACUAUAAUGCUGGACUGACAUUUGCAUUUGAACAAUUUAUCAAGUUAAAGAAUGAGACAAAUGGUAGAAGAGGAGCAGAUUGUAACAGAAUGAUCAUGGUGCUGACAGAUGGUGGAACAGACUUAGCUGAGGAUGUUUUCAAAAAAUACAACCCUAAAGACAGCCAGAUGUACCGUGUGUUUACAUACGCAGUUGGACCGACAGCAAAUCCAGUAUCGGCUAUACGUUGGAUGGCUUGUGCCAACAAAGGAUAUUUCUCACAGAUUCCUGCAAUGGGGGCAGUCAGAUCUAAAGUUCAGGAAUAUGUUGAUGUGAUAUCUCGACCAUUAGCGUUAAAUCGUUCAAAGCAUGAAUUAUGGACCAGUAUUUACCAGGGCAUUUAUCAAGAUGCGGGUCUAGGAAUGAUGACUACAGUCACACUGCCAGUCUAUAACAGAACCAGUCCCAAUGGAACAACUGACCAGACAAUAUUAGGAGUGAUGGGUAUAGAUGUUACAACAGAAGCAAUGUUGAAAAAAGCUCCUCUACGGAAGUUUGGACCAAAUGGAUUUCCCUUUGCAAUUAAUGCAAAUGGUUACAUUGUGUUUCAUCCUAAUUUAAAAGUACAAAGUGAUCUGAAGGAUCCACCAAAUGUUGAUUUUCUUGAAGUUGAGGUUGAAAGUGAUAAAAAUAUCGAGCUUCGUAACAGUAUGAUUGAUCAAAAAGAAGGGACUGCUACUAUGGAAACUUUCACUGUGUCACAAGAUCAGAGACAUGUUGAUAUUGAGAAUGGGAACAGACAGAGGAUAUACAGUUACCGUGGUAUUGAUCACACAACAUUCAGUUUGGGUGUGAGUGUACCACAGUACCAUGAGUAUCAUCUCAUUCUGGAAACUGAUAUACAUACACCUGUCAAUGAUCAAAAUAAAAGUCUGCUGAAUGAUUCACAUACAGCGUUGUUGAUACCUGACUGGGAGUUUUACAAAAAUUUCACGGCCAAUAAUAUAACUGGUACCAUUCUGGACCUGCAGGAAGCCCUGGAAAAUCCCAGUCUGUAUAAAUGGAAUAAUGAGUUGAUCAAUCAUUUGUUGUUUGAUAUCUCUGUUACAUCGAAGAUUGAUGGUUUCUGGCCAUUACUAGACAGCAAUCCGGAUGGUGAGGGGUUGCUUGGAGCUUUCAUUGCAACUAUGGGAGGUUUGACAAAAAUUUAUCCCAAAAGCUGCACAUACAAGCAACUUGUGACGCAGGACGAGUGUGACGGAACAGGUUUACGAGAUAGAAAAUGUUAUAUAAGCUGUGUUAAUGUCACAGAUAGGGAAGAUUUGGUGAAUCAGUUUAUGGAGCAAAGAGACCCAUGGAAAGCCAACUACUUCAAAAGAGCCAUUGAUGCUCCACAUCUCAUAUUUAGUGCUCCAUAUGUUCUUGAUCCUGUGGAAUUAUCAGUGAAUGAUUCUGUUGGUGAAGUGAUGAUUGUAAAGUCUGUUUCCAUUAAGGACAGUCAGAUGGAUUCAAACCUUGGUCACAGUCCAAACUAUAAGGCUGCAGUAUUGGGAGCUGUGUUUACACAUGACCAUAUACGAGAUACUAUGGUUAAAACAUCCAGUCAGACAAGUAUAGGAAAUUGUGGGGACCCAUCGACCACUGCUUGUUACCUGCUAGACGAUGGAGCCUUUGUUAUAGCAACUAACCAAGAGCAAUACUACACAAGUGUUGGUCGUUUCUUUGGUAAAGUAGAUCCGGAGAUCAUGUACCAACUGUAUAACAGCUCCUUCUUUCACAGACUGGAACAGUAUGACUACACGGCAACAUGUACAAUAGUAAAUGAUGAGACAAGUGCAGCUAGUAUCAACAUUGUAAGACAUUUCUUUGUCUAA